ACACAUGUUGCACAUCAGAGUAGCUCUGUUCCUGCAGGUUUACUGGAAAACAUGCACAUUCAUAAUUUUCUUUUUUGUGUGAUUUUGUGCCUUUUCAGUCCAGUUUUCUCAGAUGAAGAUUUUAUACAAUUGAAGGCAUGUUGUACGUUCAACGGUCCAGGUCUGAAAGAUAUAGAAUAUAUUAUAGUAAAUCGUUUUAACAAGAAAGUAAUAAUGCAGUACAACAGCACAAGAGGCAACUGGAAAGGAUUCACACCCUUUGCAAUUGAAAAAGCAAGCAAUUGGAGCCGUGAUCCCUAUGAUGCACAACUGAGAGCGUUUGAAAUAAAGAUAUUUUGUGAAGACAACAUAGAUCCCGUCCAACAAUUAGCUAAUCUCACCUCUGCACCCACCAUCAAGAUAAAUUUAGUGAAGCGCCCAUCCAUGCUUGUGUGCAGUGCCUACAACUUCUAUCCAAAACAAAUCCGAAUGACAUGGUUGCGGAACGGAGAGGAAGUGACCUCAGCUGUCAGUUUCUCUAAGGUGAUGUCUGUUGGGGAUUGGUACUAUCAGAUUCAUUCCUACCUGGUGCACACCCCGACUCGAGAAGAAAGAAUGACCUGCAUGGUCGAACACCUCACCCUCUCUGAACCAGUGCUUCAGGUCUGGGACCCUUCCCUUCCUGUGACAGAAUGGAUCAAAAUCGGUGUGGGAGUGUUUGCUCUAAUGCUUGGUUUUGUUAUUCUGAUCUCUGGGUUCAUCUACUACAAGAAAAAGUCUGCCGCACACUUUACUUUUUGCCAAGGACGAGUGUCCAUUCCUGUGGAAGACCUCCCUGCAGCUGAAGCUACGUAACAGUACUGUUGGGACAUACCAUCCAAGAGACGCCAGAAGUCAUCAUCUACCCCAGAGAUGAAGUGGUUAUAGAGGAAGAGAAUACGCUCAUUUGCUUCGUCAACCAUUUCUUCCCUCCCAUCAUCAACAUAAAGUGGACCAGGAAUGAUACAGAAAUAAAAGUGGAAGAUCCUUUCAUCAAAUGCAUACCCAAUCCUGAUGGGACGUUUUAUGUGCUGUCCACACUGGCCUUUAUCCCAAGGGACGGAGACAUCUACAGCUGCACUGUGGAACAUGCAUCACAGGAGCCUCAGACCAAGUUUUGGGGUGAGAAUAAAGAUGCUCAAUAUUACUAAUUUUCAGUCAAUAUUUUAUUAAUGUAAGACUAAGAGUAUUUUGGAUUUGCCAGUCAAAAAGACUAACCUCAUGUCUCCUGUGUUUUCCGGAGGUGGAUACAAGUGUUGGCACAACAGAGACCAGUGUUGGUCCGGUCAUCUACUUUGGACUUGCUUUGAGUUUUGGACUUGUUGGUGUUGCUACAGGGACAUUCUUCUUUGUUAAAGGAAGACAGAUUGAGUCAAGCUGAAGAAACCCUUUAAUUUACUGCGUUUAUACUGUGUUCUACGAUUAAGCAAUGGAAAGGGAUUUUAACCUUUGACGCACUUACAUUUAUUUCAUUUUCUCAUAAUGGCACACCUUAGGGUUUUUUUUUUGCACAGAAUAUGAAAAACAAUUUCUCUUUCUACUGUUUUAGGGAAAUUUAUCAACUGCUUGUUAUGACAUAGUAGUUUCACUUCCUGCGGUUAGACAGGCAGCUUGAAACAAAUAAGACACAUUGUCAGUGGUUAGGAUAGAUUCACUGGAGCAAAAAAAAAAAAAAAAAAAAAAAAAAGAAGUGUGUUUCUCAGAAAAUUAAACUCAAACAAAAACAAGAAAAUGUGGAUGAACUUGGUCUUUGUUUGCUGAACAAAGUUAUCAUUCACAAGCCAUGUAGAGUUCCCCAGAUGCAUUUUUACAGAGGCACAGCAGUUCCUGUUGGCAACAUCAUUGCCACGAGAUGAUCAUGUAAGUUUCGAGCAAAGUUUUAAAGCAAACAAUACUUGUUUGUAUAUAGUCUUGUGUUAGCAUUAUCACUGUUUUCCUUUAUACAUAGAUUAAAUGUGACAUUUGAAGAUCAUCUAAACCCACAACUCGUGCUCUGUUCCAAGGAUUUAACGUUUUUAAUAAUAGAAAUGAGACAGUAAUUGUUGAAGUGAGCAUACAGCAGGUGUUUUCACACAGCCAAAGGGCGGUGCCAUUCUUUGUCAUUCUGGCAUUUCAGCAUAGCAGUGUUUAUUUCCUUGUACCCAUAAAUUUGUGAAUACAGUGUGAUAGAGAGACUUUGCUUUGUAGAGUUUUAUUCAAGUAAAAUCAUGUGCAUUCAUAAUUUUCUUUUUUUGGUGUGCUUUUCUCUCCUCUAAUUUGCAGAUAAACAUUUUAUGUUAGCUGCAGCAAGAACUUAAAUUGUAUAACAUACAGUAUGUGUAAAGGCUAGGGUGGUGUAAUUACUGCUUUUUGUCUAAAUGUGUUAAGAUUGAGCAGGGCUCAAUUUAGCUUGUGCUGUAGUUAGGAAGGAAACUUGAGUGAAAAUGGGAUGAUGAAAGAAACCCUCAUUAGAGCCUGUUAUGAGUCACAGAAGCUGGUGGAACAGCAGCUGGUCCAGGUGUGAUGUCAGAGCUUCGGCUCCCUGUGGUGCAAGUGCUGUGAAGUUGGAUUGUAUGUAUCCAUCUAAACUUCCAAUAAUUUAACUAAUAUACAGUCAUGUCAUCCCUUUUUACUGUAUGAACACUAUCAUGAAAUAAAGCAUUUGCUCAAA